AGUGCAUGGCAUCUUUGGCUUCUUCUGGCUUUCACAAAAGGGAGGGUUUGUUGUAUACUCCACAACACCCUUCAAUGUGCCUCAGUGAAGGCCAAAGUGAUGGGUCACUAGGCUUCUCCAGCAGUGUCUUGAACUCACAAUAUCUCAAGGCAGCACAGGAGUUACUUGAUGAAAUAGUUAAUGUUCGAAAGGCUUUGAAGCAAACAGGUUUAGAGAAGCAACAGAGUUUCCGUGAUAUUGGUUUAGAUGGCUCCAAAGAUUCUGAUGGAAAAUCUACCAGCCAAUCGGGGCAGGUAUCUUCAUGUCCCAAUAAUUCUGCUGCAAACACCUCAUGUGAGCUCUCACCUGCAGAACGACAGAAUUUAUUGGACAAGAAGACAAAACUUUUAUCCAUGUUGGACGAGGUUGAUAAAAGAUACAGACAGUACUGCCACCAGAUGCAGAUGGUGGUUUCAUCUUUUGAUAUGGUUGCUGGUUGUGGAGCAGCUGAACCUUACACCGCGCUAGCCUUGCGCACAAUAUCACGCCACUUUCGGUGUUUGCGCGAUGCCAUUAGUGGCCAAAUUCAAGUUACUCAAAGGAGCCUUGGAGAACAAGAGGGAAUACCUCGUCUACGCUACGUUGAUCAGCAGCUUCGGCAGCAAAAGGCCCUUCAGCAACUUGGUGUAAUGCGACAAGCUUGGAGGCCUCAGAGGGGACUUCCUGAAACCUCUGUUUCAAUUCUUCGAGCAUGGCUCUUUGAGCAUUUCCUUCAUCCUUAUCCAAAGGAUUCAGAGAAAAUUAUGCUGGCUAGGCAAACUGGCUUAACAAGAAACCAGGUGGCAAAUUGGUUCAUUAAUGCAAGGGUGCGUCUUUGGAAGCCAAUGGUUGAAGAAAUGUACAAAGAAGAAUUUGGCGAUUCCGAGAUGAGCAGCAAUCUAUUGCCAUCAGAGAACGCAGUGAAAGCUCCAAGAGAUGAUGUUCAAUCUUCUGACAGUAAAAGGGAAGAGUCCCAGGACAACUUAAUAACAGUUGAUGAUAGUGUUAUUCAGCAUCAUGGGUUGAAGUUGGAUCAUGCCUCGGAGUUGGACAGAGGGAUUCAAAAUAGUGAUCAUGGAGAAAAUGCCAUGGAUCCUAGAAUUGGGAAACUGCAGGAUGGCCAAAGGUUCAACAUCAACAACAGCAACAGUUCUUAUUAUGGGGAAGGCUGCAUAAUUGCUCCUACUACUGCCACAUAUGAUUUGUCAGAGUUAGGUAACAUUGGUGUAGGUGGACAGGUGUCACUAGCAUUGGAAUUGAGGAACUGUGAAAGUGAAGGGUUUGGCGUGUCCAAUGAUGACAUGCAUAGAAGACGUAAGAAAACAUUGGCUUCUUCCCCAGAGGCUGAUCUGCUAGAUUACCAUUUCACAGACCAAGGAAAGCAGCAAAACAAGUUUGGCAAUCCUCACCUAUUACACGAAUUUGUUGUGUGAUUAAGGGUGAAGGGAACAAUGGUAAUGUGUACCACCAAAAUAGUUAGAUAGACAAAAAAAGCCUAUGUUGUUAUUUUACUUGGUUGCUCAUUCUUGUUGUCCACAGUUCAUGAAAGUCAUGUAAAUCAUGAACCGUACAAAAAUAUACACGUAGGUAUGUGUAGAUAUUCUCUUGUAACAUGGUGGUGAAGGGAUGAUUGGUUGUAUCAGAAAUGCAGGCAAUUUUGUAAGGACAAGGAACGUAUCUUGUGCAUCAUGCGUGAUGAAUAAGGAAUCUUGUGAAGAGCGUAAAAGGGGUACCCAUCUGAAUGCAUUGACUCUUGUGCUCUCACGUCAUUGAAGUUUGUGUCUUUCAUGUAUGACUAUGCUUCAUAAACCAUAACUUCUUCAUGUACAAGGAGUACAAUCAUAUUGAUUACUUUUGUUAAUACUAUUUGCCUUUGGGUU